UAUUAACUGGUUGAACUGAUAACAUACCAGAGUCACAAACGCAGUCGAGCGCCACCAACAGUGUGAUAGAGCUCUCCACUCUCCACUCUCCUUAGUCAUAGCCCCAAACCCCUCCACUCUUCGCCGGCGGAGCGACACAACAACAGUGGCAUCCCGUUCAGCCCUCGCGACACAGCAACAGUGGCAGUGCGGUCGCCUUCUCGCCUUCCUCCGUUCCGUAGCCGCCGCCUCCGUAGCCACCGUUUCUUUCCACCGUUCGCAGCGCCGUCACCUUCUGUGCAGUUCGCAGCGUCGUUGCCUUCCAGAGUCGAAACAGUUUAAAAAACCGAAAAACCAAACCAAACUGCAGCGCAAACACCUCUAGUUUCGGGUUAGCCCUUUUUCUUAUCCAAAAGGGAAAAUAAGAUGGAAGUUAUGUCUUUUUGUGUUACAUUCACCAAAUUUCAUACAUUUGCCUUUCUGAAACCAAAAGUAGCAACAACCCAAAUUCAGGACCUUUCACUACCCAAUAAUAGGAGCAAACAUUCCAAUCCUUAUUCAUCUUCUUCUUCAUCUUCAAGAAGUAUAGCAGCAACAGCAACACUAUACCCUUCCACCACACAGAAGAACCGCCACUGGAUGGUACUCAUGGAGCCUCCAACUCACGGUGUCACUUCCAAGUCACAACUCAUCGAUUAUUACGCUAGCACUCUCCACAAAGUCCUUGCCAGUGAGAGAGAUGCUCAAAUGUGUAUAUAUGAUGUUUCCUGCGAUACACACUUUGGUUUCUGUUGUGACAUUGAUCCACAAAUAACCUCCCAACUCACAAGUUUACCGGGGGUCUUGUUGGUUAGGCCGGAUCCGGAUUUCAGUUCUUCGGAAAAGGACUAUAGUCUAUCAAGUGGUCACGAAGGUCUGCUAUCGAAUUCAAAGCAUUGGCUUGUUAGAAUUGAUAAACCUGCUGUUGGGAUUGUUACAAAGGCUCAGAUUGUCGAUUAUUUUGUUCAAAUAUUGACCAAGGUCAUGGGAAACGAGAAGGAUGCUCAGAUGUGCAUAUAUCAUGUUUCUUGGAAAAAAAUAUUUGGUUUUUGCUGUGAACUUGAUGACGACUGUGCACAGGAGUUAGCUGGUGUGCCUGGUAUCUUAUCAGUUCAACCAGAUAAUAAUUUUGAGUCAGAAAAUAAGGAUUAUGAAGGUAAUAACUUAGAAAACAGUUUGAGUCAGGCAGCUCCCCUGCGAACGAAAAAGCUUUUUGUGACAGGACUAUCGUUUUAUACAUCUGAGAAAACCUUACGCGCAGCAUUUGAAGACUUUGGUGAUCUUGUUGAAGUCAAAAUUAUUAUGGAUAAAAUUUCCAAAAGGUCCAAGGGUUAUGCAUUUGUUGAGUACACCACAGAGGAGGCUGCAAGCGCAGCAUUGAAAGAGAUGAAUGGCAAGAUUAUUAAUGGAUGGAUGAUAGUAGUGGAUGUUGCCAAGACUAACCCACCAAGGCACAACAGGGAUCAUGUCAGGCCAUCAGUUUCACAAGCCAAAAGCCUUUUAAGGUAUUAACUAUUUCUAGCUCUCCCCUCUUAUUUAUCUCAACAAGAUAAUACAAACCGAAAUACUGUCAAACAUAAUAGAAUUAUGUGCAAUUGUUAUAGUAAACUAUUCUCAACCUUAGGAGUAAUUUCUAUUUUAUUUAUGUUUAUCCUGUCCAGAGAGUUAAAUCUUAAUAAAUUAGUUGACUUGGGCUUGUAUUAGCAAAAAAAAA